UUGUUUAUCAGGUCGGCACCACGUGGCUCUGUCCCAGUAAAGGUCUAUAGAACUUUAACAAUGGUAGCCUUCAGGAAUACUCUGCUUCGUUUGGUUCAGAUGCGAAAAUUAAUUACAUCGAAUGUCAGAACAUAUUCUAAAAAGUCCGACAUUAACUAUGAGAUUAGACCAAUGAGACGAUCAGACAUUCAAGGCCUUUAUGAACUUCUAGCUGAAAAUAAAUGGAAUAUGGAGAAAUCGUAUUUGGAAUGUGUUUUUAAUACUGAUCCUACCGGGCUUGUGGUGGUAGUCAAAGACGACGGAGAAAUAAUAGGACAUAAUGGUAUACUUGCACACAGUGAGACUAUUGCAUCAUCCGGUUUGAAUAUUGUCAAGGAGGGUUACCGUGAAUUAGGUAUAGGUCAAAAACUAUUCCGUAGAGUAAUGGAUGUAAUGGCAGAGAGGAAUGUAGGUGGCACAGCGUUAUCCAAUCGAAUUUCAUUUUAUCAUCAAUUCGGUUGGAAAAUUCAAUCAUUUACACUUCAUUAUAGUAUGGGCAAAGUAAACAAAUCAUUCAUUAGUGAAGUUCCUAGCGGAGAUUUCGAGAUUGUAUCAUUGAAAGAUGUUAAUUUUAAAGACGUUGUGGCAUAUGAUACAGAGUUACAUACCGUUCCGCGCCCAGUCUAUCUAACUCAAUGGGCACUUCACAAUUCUGCUAAUGGAUACGUUGCUUUGAAGAGCGGUCGUGUAGUUGGAUAUGGUGUAUUACGCCCAGGUGACGUUGGUCAUAAGAUGUUUCCAUUGUUUGCAGAUGACCCGAUUCUAGGAAAAGCAUUAUUUUGUCAUUUGGCGUCACAUAUUCCGGAAGGAGAGGACUUAAUAUUUGUUCACCCAAUUGAAAAUGAAUUGUCAAAUCAAUUUGUCGCGGCAAACGAAUUGACAUCCUAUUUGUCAAUGACCCGCCUCUACAAUAAGUGGAACAUUGAUGUUGAUAUCAAACGCGUGUAUUCUACAUCAAGCACUGAAUAUGCUAUUGUUUGACACUAUUGACUCCAUAUAAAUACAUUACAUGUUUAAUAAAUAUUAAUAUACAUA